AUGAGAAGACUAUUGACAAUUGUGCCAUUCGCCCUCGUUGCAGGCUCAUGCACUAUGCUUUUGUUCGUUCUACUCAGUGGUGCUACCGACAACCUGAAAUUCCUCAACAAAUUCUACUUCUCAAGUGUGACCACAUCAGCAGAGACCAGAUGGACACUGUAUGCCAUCUGCUCCCCCAAUGGCGAUGGAACCGUCUACUGCUCUAAUAGGGAGCCUGCCUACCCAUACUCCCCAUCUGACAAUUUCGGUGAUAGCUUGGUACCAAAUGAUUUUGUCAAGAACAGAAAUACCUACUUCUACUUGCUGAAAAUCGCAUAUGCAUGGUUUCUUCUUGCCCUCAUAUUCUCGCUCUUGGCGCUUGGACCAAUUUUGUGGUCGUGCAUCUGGCGUGGCUUUCUUACUGGGUUCUUCGCUUCGUUUGUGAUUGGAACAGCCUUCCUCUUUUCGCUUCUUGGGUCUCUGUUCAUUACUGCUGCUCAUGUCAAAGGUGUCAAGGCAUUCAAGAAGGCAGGCUACCAGGCCAAGGUGGGAAGAGAUAUGAUGGUUGUUAUCUGGUUGCUGUUUGUAUUCUUGUUGGCAUCUUUGAUCUGGAUGAUCUUUGUUGGAAUUCAUGGUGCAGAGGAGGAGUUCGAAGAUCACGAAAGCCAUUUCGAGAAGCACCUGCGCCAUAGCUCGGAACUGGACUAA